AUGCAAUCUAUUGCCAAUGAUUACCAAAUAUGGCGUGAGCCUUUGAUAGAAGUAGAACAUGGUGGUCGUCAAGAUACUGCAAUUUUUUUAAGAAUGACUGAUCAAAGUCAACAAAGUAUGAUUGAAGCUCAUCUGAAGAAUUUACCAAUUUUUCUUCAUGUAAAAGCGGAUCAAAUUUACUUUGAAAUUGCAAAAGAUGGUAGAAAUGAAAUUUUAGAUGUUAAUACUGUAAGACAUAAUUCAAAUGAAACUGAACAUGGAUUAGCUUUAAACACAUCUGAAAAUAAAUUUGAACAUUGUGCUCUUUUUAAGGGUAGACUUCAGAUUCAAGCAACAAACAAAAGUAUUGAUCAAGCCAGAGCUAAAGCUCAAAGGGCUAAGGAACAAGAAACAACAAAAACGGCUGUUAAACUUGAUAUAACAAAUAAAGAUAAACGGAAAAAUAUUCCAACAAAAGCAAUGGGUGAUAGAGGACCACCUAAAGAACCAGUAGUAUCAAAUAAAAAACAUUCUCCAACAUUAACAUCUCGUUAUACGGGACAAACAUUGACAGAAUUAAAUAAUCAACCUAUGUAUUUAAGAGUUCUUCAUGUUGUUGCAACUGGUAAAUUUAAAUCUAUUGAUGAGAUUGUUAAAAAAAUUAAAACUGAUUCUUAUGGUAAGGGAGAUGUAAGCCCUAACAAUGAAUUUGCUGAAAAAUUAGCUUCUAUUCCUAAGAUUGUUGAAGAGAUUAUUGAUAAAUCUCAAAAAAUGAUUACUCUUAAAAGAGAAUUAUAUGGACAAAUAGAUAAAAAUUGGAAAUGGUAUACAUCUGAGGAGCGUGCCAAUGUUAGGGGAAUGUUAUCAAAAAGACCAGAUACUAAUAUAGUUGCUCCAACAAGACGUUCAGGUAUGUAUACAUUAUCUGCUCCAUCAUCUUCCAAAAAUCAAGAACCUAACAAAGAAGUUAAAGAACCAGUUUCAACUAAGAUAUCUGUUUCUCCACAACUUGAAAGUGGUGAAAUUAUAGAUGAAACUCCUACAGAAUCUCCUAAAAAGAAGGAAUAUCUUUUAACACCAAAUGCUCCUUCUGAAGACUAUUCAACACAUUUUAAUGAUAUAAAAACAUUAGAAGAAUAUGAAAAAUACAUACUUCUUCAUGAAAAAGAAUAUAAUGAAUAUUUGUCAUUGCAUAAUUAUCUUAAAGAUAUAGCUAAAAAAUUUGAAAAUUUUCAAAAAUCUCUUUCAGAAACUUCUAUAAAUACAAAAGAACAUCAAAAAGUAUUACGUUCAGUACAGUCAAAUUAUGAGCAUUAUGAAAAUGAUGCUGAGUUUCUUCGUAAACGUCAAAGACACCUUGAUCUUCGCACCAGACUUGAAAUUUUAACAAAUAAAAUAGAGGAAUGGGAUAGACGUGAUAAAGAAAAAAGAUAG